UUCAGGCUCCGCGCCCGCGCCGGGCUUCGCGCCCCGCGGGCUCCAUGCGCGCUGCCCCGGGGCCCAGGCUCUUCCCCACGCCCAUGCGGCCCCCAGCCCCGCGCCGCAGCCACUGAUCUAACCUCCCCCCGGAGACCAUCGCAGGCGCGGUGCCAAGCAGAGAGGGGAGGGCGAGACGGAGGGGCAACCUCUUUGGGACUAACUCAUGAAGAACAAGGGUGCCAAGCAGAAGCUGAAACGAAAGGGAGCCGCCAGCGCCUUCGGCUGUGACCUGACGGAGUAUCUGGAGAGCUCAGGACAGGAUGUUCCAUAUGUAUUGAAGAGCUGUGCAGAAUUUAUAGAGACUCACGGCAUAGUGGAUGGAAUUUAUCGGCUUUCAGGAGUCACCUCAAACAUACAACGGCUAAGGCAGGAGUUUGGCUCAGAUCAAUGUCCAGAUCUGACAAGGGAAGUGUACCUCCAGGACAUCCACUGUGUGGGCUCUCUCUGCAAGCUUUACUUUCGGGAGCUGCCCAACCCCCUCCUGACUUAUGAGCUCUAUGAGAAAUUCACAGAGGCAGUGUCUCAUUGCCCGGAAGAAGGCCAACUGGCCCGAAUCCAAAAUGUUAUCCAGGAGCUCCCUCCAUCCCAUUACAGGACCUUGGAAUACCUGAUUCGACACCUGGCCCACAUCGCAUCCUUCAGCAGCAAGACCAACAUGCAUGCCAGGAACCUGGCCCUGGUGUGGGCACCCAACCUCCUCAGAUCUAAAGAAAUUGAAGCCACUGGUUGCAAUGGAGAUGCAGCCUUCCUCGCAGUCCGGGUCCAGCAGGUGGUGAUUGAAUUCAUACUGAAUCAUGUGGAUCAAAUCUUUAACAACGGUACCCCCGGGUCACUGGAGAACGAUGAAAACCGGCCGAUCAUGAAGAGCCUGACCCUGCCCGCCCUCUCCCUGCCCAUGAAGUUGGUGAGUCUGGAGGAAGCUCAGGCCCGGAGCCUGGCUACUAAUCAUCCCGCCAGGAAGGAAAGAAGAGAGAAUAGCCUGCCCGAGAUUGUCCCUCCCAUGGGCACCCUCUUCCACACUGUCCUUGAGUUACCAGACAACAAAAGAAAGCUCUCCAGUAAAUCCAAGAAGUGGAAAUCAAUAUUUAACCUGGGACGUUCUGGAUCAGACUCCAAAUCAAAGCUGAGUAGAAACGGGAGUGUAUUUGUGAGAGGACAGAGGCUCUCAGUGGAAAAGGCUACCAUCCGACCAGCUAAAAGCAUGGACUCACUGUGCUCAGUGCCUGUGGAAGGGAAAGAAACCAAAGGAAAUCUCAGUCGAACCGUCACCACUGGUGGGUUUUUCGUCCCAGCAGCGAAAAUGCACUUGACUAGCACUGGCAGCUCCUGUGGCCUCAGCAAGCAGGAGGGUGAAUGGGGCCAGGAGGGGGUGCCGGCCGGGGCGGAGGGCGGCUUUGAUGUGAGCGGAGACCGAAGCCAGCUGCAGGGGGCUCAGGCCCGGGCCCCGCCUGAGCAGCUGAAGGUGUUCCGACCCAUCGAAGAUCCCGAGAGUGAGCAAACGGCCCCGAAGAUGCUGGGCAUGUUCUACACCUCGAACGACAGCCCCAGCAGAUCUGUCUUCACCAGCAGCCUAUUCCAAAUGGAGCCUUCUCCCCGUCACCAGCGCAAGGCCCUGAACAUUUCCAAGCCCUUUGCUGUGUCUGUGCCACUCCGCGUAUCAGCUGUCAUCAGCACCAACAGCACCCCAUGCAGAACCCCCCCCAAGGAGCUACAGUCUCUUUCCAGCCUGGAAGAGUUUUCUUUCCAGGGCUCAGAGAGUGGAGAUUGGCCUGAAGAGGAGAAGCCACUGAGUGCUGAGACUUCUACAGCAUCUGUGCCUAAGAAGGCAGCUCUCGAGAACACCAAGCCAGGACCAGACACGGUGAGAACACUGGAGUGCAGCAAAGGCCUUCCCCUGGAGCCAGGCACCCAAGGGGAGGAGAAGAAAACCUCAGAAAGCCCCCUGGGCUCUCAGCAGUCACGUGAAUUAGAGAAGAAGCUGGAUGCAGAGAAGGUGGUGGAGGAGAGUGGAGAGACCAGCCAGGUGGCGGCCAGUGCUCUGCAGGAGAACCCUGGGGCCAGAGCCGAAGCAGUGUUUCUCCAUGAGAUGGAUGAAGAUGAUCUGGUCAACGCCCUGAUCUGGUCUGAGAUUCAACAGGAGCUGAAAAUUAUUGAAUCUGAGGAGGAACUCUCCUUGGCACCACCUGCGCUAAAGAUCAGCCCAACUCAGACUAUUGUUGAAUCUAGUCCGGGGCCCUUUGCUUCCCCAGAGGCCCCUGGGAGCUCCACCCCAGCUCCAGUCUCCGCCCCUCUGGAGGAGUGGACUAAGAAUCCAACCAAUCAGAGUACACUGGGCACUUCCACAACAGCCAAUAGAGAAAAGCUGGAGACAGCCAGCAUCCUCCCUAGAUCUGAGCCAGAGCCCGAAAAGGGCCAGCGCCCAGACCCUGCCAGCCUGACUCCUCUGGAAAUAGUUCCAUUGGAGAAGUCGUCUCCACAAGCAAGGAUGGAAGUGGGAGCCCCAGGGAAUCUGUCUCCUCUGCUCCCACCUGCUGCUCCCCCUCCAACACCUUUAGAGGAGGAACCUCGAGUCCAGCUAUUGAAGAGUGGCCCCGAGAGAGAAGAUUCACCUGGAAAUUUGAGAACCAAUCCAUAUGCAGACCAACUGAAGUCCAAAGGCAGCCCUGGGAUCCCCAGUCUUUGUCAGGGAGACAAGGCCUCUUCAGAAGAAAGUGAAAAGCAAAAUUCGAAGAGUGUUGCUCCUGAGCGCAAAGGCUCUAGUUUUCCUAGCCCAACCAGGGAGGCCGAGAUUUCCCCACAGGGAGAGGAGGACGCAGCCCACUCAGUGCAGGAGCCCUCAGACUGCGAUGACGACGACACUGUGACAGACAUUGCCCAGCACGGCCUGGAGAUGGUGGAGCCCGGCGAGGAGCCCCAGUGGGUGACGAGUCCCCUGCACUCACCCACCCUUAAAGAUGCACAAGAGACCCAGAUGCAGGGCCCCCAGGGCCACCGACUAGAAAAGAGGCUUUCUCACAGGCCCAGCCUUCGCCAGAGCCAUUCUCUAGAUGGCAAGACCAUGGUUAAGAGUCAGUGGACUCUCAAGAGUUCCUCUUCCAGCAGCUGUGCUGACCUUGAAGCAGAGAGGAAUUCCAACCCCCUGCAGCCCUUGGCACCCAGGAGUGAGAUUACUGGGUGGGAUGAGAAAGCUAUGAGGUCCUUUCAAGAGCUCUCUGGCCUGAAAAGGACAGAGGUUCCUCCUAAGCAGAAGGUACCAGGUGGUUUACAGCCCGCAUCAGCAGAAUCCAGCCCUGUCGGUCUAGCAGAAGGAAAGGAACUGGGGACACACGAGGGGCCACACAACCCUCGAGUUGAGCCUCGUGGUGAUCCUGAGCUAGACAGCAGCAAGGAGAACUCACCUGGUGUGCAGGACCACACCUCACCUGGAGAGCAUCCCCCUAAGUUCCAGUGCAAGAGCAGUGAGGGUGGGGCCCCAAAGGGGAAAAACAGGCCUUCAUCUCUCAACUUGGACUCCACCGUUCCCAUCACUGACCUCUUCCGGUUUGAGAAUGCAGCCUCAUUUGGGUCACCUGAAGUGCACCUCUCUGAGCCAGGAGACCCAAAGGUCACAUGGCUGACCUCGUCUCAUGGUAAAGUAGACCCCUGGAGGGUUUACUCCCAGGACUCUCCGGACCUGGACAUGGUUGCUCACGCCCUGACGGGCCGCCGUAACUCAGCUCCUGUGAGUGUGUCAGCUGUGAGAACCUCCUUCAUGGUUAAAAUGUGCCAGGCCAGGGCAGUCCCAGUCAUCCCACCCAAGAUUCAGUACACUCAGAUCCCACAGCCCCUGCCCUCUCAGAGCUCAGAGGAGAGUGGGGCUCAGGCCCUGGAGAGGAACCAAGAGGAAGCUGGCUCCACUGGUGGGACCUCUCAGAAACUUACCAAAGAUGAUUCUCUCUCCUCCUUGGAAAGCCCCAGGGAAGAAAAGCCAAAGCAAGAUACAGGAGCCAUUGAGUCCUUGCCAGUGGGUACCACUGCACCUCACGUGUGCGAGGGCCCCGCCCUUUCUCCAGAACCAGGUCUGGCCAACCUGCUGCCCACUCAGGAGGCACUAGCGCAGUGCAGAAAGCGCACAUCAGAGACAGAGCCAUCUGGGGACAACCUUCUUUCUUCAAAAAUAGAGCGCUCAUCAGGGGGUUCUAAGCCUUUCCAUAGGUCUAGACCAGGAAGACCUCAGAGCCUAAUCUUAUUCAGUCCUCCUUUCCCCAUUAUGGACCACCCACCCCCCUCAUCGACAGGGACAGAUUCCAAGGUCCUGCUGUCCCCUAUCAGAAGUCCCACCCAGACAAUUUCCCCUGGCCUGCUUUGCGGGGAGUUGGCAGAAAACACAUGGGUCACACCAGAAGGGGUUACACUUAGGAAUAAAAUGACCAUCCCUAAGAAUGGCCAGAGACUAGAGACCUCAACAAGCUGUUUUUACCAGCCCCAGCGGAGAUCAGUGAUUCUGGAUGGAAGAAGUGGAAGGCAAAUAGAAUGACAUCAGUUUGCCUGCUGGUACCUGAGAAAAUGUCAUGAUUCAUCUGGAAGUUAUUACAAAGGCUCCUUGCCUAUAUUCCAGGCAGAGGUUAUCCAAGUUUGGGCUUAUUUUGGCUCUUCUUCUCUUUCUUUAGCCUUUUGACCAUUUAUUAAUUAGGCCAUUUGCCACAAGAGAGGUCAGGGGAAGGACAAGAGAUGACAUUUAAAUAAGCCUACUUGAGCAGGCAGGGAAGGAUCAGGUGAGAGAAAAGGAUGAAAUGCUGGCCUCCAGUGAUAUGUGGGGCUUAAACACGUUGCAUCACUCCCCCAUUGCCAUUAUCUAGUGCUGUUAAGAGGUGGAUGUGAGACUAUCUUGUGAAACAGAAACCCUUUGCCUAUGUUGACAAAUGUUGCUAUUGAGGUUUGAAGGCCUCCUAUUUACUUCAUGCUUUUUAAUGCUCUUUAAAGCAUGUGUUCUUUUAGACCAGUUUUCUGAUAAGCUUUGUAAAAGUGUACUAUCCAGAGUAGAAGCAGGUUUGGAAAUGCAAACUAACGUACACUUUGAUAUCCAAGUGGGUGGAUUUACCCAUGCUUUCCCUGAAUCCCUGCAGACCUGUCCCAGAUGGCUCCAUACACCAGCAUAGAAAAUCAGAAUGUAUUCUCCAGAGCAGACUCUGAGACUAGUGCAAUUCAAGAAGACUUUCUGGGUCUGGCUUUUAUUAAUUUGGGACUCCACUGUCCUGCCUCUGAUUUAUAAAUUCAGUAGUUGGGGAGGAUGGGAGCUGAGCUGAGGGUUACGUCAGUGAAAUGUGCUGAAUCUUCAUUUAGGUGUGUGAUAGUGAAGUGAUCUGCUCUCCUUCCAAUGUCUGAGUUCAUGAACAGGACGUCAUCAUAGAGAAAAGCCUCACACGUAGGCAGAACUCCACUCUAAACUUGCAGUGCCUAAAUCAGUGGGACAUUUGUAAAAAACACCUCUAGCUCAGCUUCACUCUCUCUCCUCAGCUGGGAUCUGAGUAUAGGAGAAGAUAAGGAGGGAAUCCUAGGAGAGAAAAGGACCCAUGCAGGGCGGCCAUCAUUCCCGCUUGAUCAGAGCUGCGCUUCUUGAUGCCUUCCUUCCUCGUUGUCUCUCCGUUGCUGAACAGCAGCUUUGAGGCACUCCUCCCCUUUCCAUAGUCCUCCUCAACCACCACCCACCCCAGGUGCUCAGACUUGCUCUUCUCCUGCCUGUAUGCAAGCGGAAGCAAUAAACCAGUCUGAUUUUAGUUAUUUAGAACGUCAAGUGGUUCUUUCCAACUGUAAAGAGAAAGGAGGAUUAACAUAACCUGCUGACAGAUUUUUGGUGCUUUUUCCAAAAAGGGCUUCUUGACAGGAGCCCUGCUCAAGGCAAAACCCAUCAAGGUAUCAACACUUUCAGACCUUUGAGGACAACUAUCUUGUUUGAGAAACAAAGUAUAGGACCUAUUUUUAGCCCUGUGCACCUCUUC